AUGCCCGUCUCUUUUGCGCGUCUGGCCUGCCCCGCGGCGAAGCGGCUGUGCCUGAACGCCUCCCGACCCCAACUCCGAACUGCAGUCCCUUCACGACCCAUUGCGCGCUGCCUGUCGACUUCAUUUCCUCGCCGAUACGCCGAAGUUGAGGAGAGCCAGCGAACGCGCCUAGUUGCGACCGAUGCUAACUUUGGAGGUGUUGCACCCACUGAGACGACCCAGGAAGCCCAGGCCGAGGCCGACGAGCAUGUAGACACCAGGAAGAUCCGGCAUUACACUGUCAACUUUGGGCCCCAGCAUCCCGCUGCCCACGGUGUGUUGCGCUUGAUUCUGGAACUCAAUGGAGAGGAGAUUGUGCGCGCCGACCCCCACGUCGGACUGCUGCAUCGAGGCACAGAGAAGCUCAUCGAGUACCGGACAUAUCUCCAGGCGCUGCCCUACUUUGACCGUCUCGACUAUGUUUCCAUGAUGACCAACGAGCAGUGCUUCUCGCUGGCUGUUGAGAAGCUGCUGAACAUUGAUAUCCCCAUUCGUGCCAAGUACAUCAGGACCAUGUUUGGCGAAAUCACCCGUAUCUUGAACCAUCUCAUGUCGGUUCUUUCCCACGCCAUGGAUGUUGGUGCUCUCACACCUUUCUUGUGGGGUUUCGAGGAGCGUGAGAAGCUCAUGGAAUUCUACGAACGUGUCUCAGGUGCCCGUCUCCACGCGGCCUACGUUCGCCCCGGUGGCGUAUCGCAGGAUCUUCCCAUCGGUCUGCUUGACGACAUCUACCAAUGGGCUACCCAGUUCGGUGACCGUAUCGAUGAGACCGAGGAGAUGUUGACUGACAACCGUAUUUGGAUUGGUCGUACCAAGGGCGUUGGUGUCGUUUCAGCCGCUGAUGCCAUCAACUAUUCCUUCUCUGGUGUCAUGCUUCGUGGAUCUGGUGUUCCAUGGGAUAUUCGAAAGUCACAGCCAUAUGACGCCUACGAUCAGGUCGAGUUUGACGUCCCCGUCGGUGUAAAUGGUGACUGCUACGACCGCUACCUUUGCCGUAUGGAGGAGUUCCGUCAGUCCCUUCGUAUCAUCCACCAAUGCCUGAACCAAAUGCCUGCAGGUCCCGUCAAGGUUGAGGACUACAAGAUCGCGCCCCCACCACGUGCCGCUAUGAAGGAGAACAUGGAAGCUCUCAUCCACCACUUUUUGCUCUUCAGUAAGGGAUACACUGUCCCUCCUGGUGAGACGUACAGUGCCAUUGAAGCGCCCAAGGGAGAGAUGGGUGUCUUCCUCGUCUCAGAUGGCAGUGAGAGGCCGUAUCGGUGCAAAAUUAGGGCACCAGGGUUCGCACAUCUCGCCUGCAUGGACCAGAUAUCAAGAGGCCAUCUCCUUGCCGAUGCGGUGGCGAUAAUCGGCACCAUGGACCUAGUUUUCGGGGAAGUCGACAGGUAGGUCAGCGCUGAUUGAUUGAUUGUACAUGAUUUAGAUGCUCAGGGCGGUUGGGAAACGAGAAUUGAAGUUGGAGAUAGAAAGGCAGAUUUUUGGCGUGAAUGAGAACUCGAGCAAAUCAUGCCAAGACUUUCCCUACUUCAUAUACAUAUUAUCAUCUACCAUCUGUCUAUCUCCGGGCUGUCUGUUUGCGUUGCUUUUCUAUCCUCCUAUAGUCCUGUUUGAAAUCUGCAGCCUGUGCUAGCAAGAGCAAGAGCAAUAUGUAUAUGUGCGCUCGACGUCUACAUCUACGGCACUGCCUUGUUAGUUCAGAGAUGUACAAUAGUAUAGGAGGAUACAUUAUCUGGCGGCUUGUACAUAUUUUGUUUUGUCUGUUUUUAGAGUCAAUCGAUGUUUGCAUGUUCA